GGUUAAAAUAUUAUUAUCCACCAUUUUGAAUUAUUUUUAAGCUGAAGCAGAAAAGCUGAUCAGUUUGGGAGCGGGGAAACAUUUCGAUAUGGACUUCUUGUUUUAGAAUGGAAAAGUCAAGAAUGCAGCAGUCUAAAAAUCGUGCGAAAAGUCGAGGGCUUCCACCACCUGGGGAUUUUAUUGCUCUUGGCUCAAAGUCUAGAGCAUCAACCUCAGAGCUAGAUUCAAAAGCAAUGCCACCAUUGUCAAGAAAGCCAGCUCAAGUAUCAACAAGUGUUGUUUCAUCCUCUCAAGCAACGAUAGCUUUGAAAGAGAAACGAAAAGAUCUACCUGCAACACUUUCUCUCCAUGCUCCAACUUUGCAAAAGCAAGGGAAAUUACCAACUGGGCUGUUUUCACCUUCAUCUGGUAAAAACAGAAGCUCGCCACAAGGACACAGAAUUUUGGAAAAUGAUUCCCCCAUCCCUCCAGUUGUUUUGCUUGAAGCAAAUCCAGUUGAUUUGGAAUACUUAGUUAUGGAAGCUGCAGCAAUGGGCCAGAUUGAGCAAGUUGAAGGCUAUCUUUGUGGUGCAUUGAAGUCACUGAAAAUCAACAGGUUAAAGCCAGACCCAAUGCUUUACCUCACAAUAAUUGGACUGGCCAAGACAAGGCCUGAAAUAUUUCUGUCAAGGGGAGUAACAGAGCACCUGCUUAUGUUUCUGAAACGUGAAACCAGCUCAUCUGCAGUGAAGCCAAAGCCGAACCCACUUUUAACUUCCAUGGCAUGUAACAUAUUGACAAGUGCCUAUCAAAAUGAAGAUCCUUGGCCCCAGUCUUUCAUCAAGGUAUUCGUCGAGGACGCUUUAGGUGACAGAUCUUGGGUCGAUAAUGAACAUUGCAAAGGAUUUGUAGAUAACAUUUUGGCAUCCUUUGGCACAGUGUUGCCUUCAAAACCAGCAAGCAACGAUCAGCCUAAGAAAGAAGCUCAUGCCAUGGGUAUAGGAAGCGUAAUUAUGCCAAGGCCAUCAGACGAAGAGAAGAUUUUAGAGGAGUUUGGUAUAACUGUUACUGCCGAUGAGCCAUUUUCCGUGAUGCCAAGAUACUCUUCGCCAACAAUGGAGACUGCGGUGCAAUAUUAUAUCCAAGAUGUUGUGAAGGAGCAACUGAACAAGCGGCAGAUGAUAGAUGGUGUUUCCCGAAAUAUGUUGCGCUUUCUAACCUCGGUUUGCGGUUACCCCGAAGUGAGGCUGGUUGCUUCGCAGAAAAUCGAAGCUUGGCUGCAGAAUCCAAAGCUAACCCGCCCAUCUCAAGAACUACUGAUGUCGGUUGCAAUGAACUGCAAUACGCAUACAAGGGAAGAUAUUGAGGUUAUUGGGAACCUCAUCAAAAUGAGGCUGAAGACGAAGCCGAUGGCCAAUCACUACAUUUCUUGCAUCAAAGAGCUUGUCAACCAGCACCCAGACAAUUUGGGGACAACUCUGAAGCAUGUCAUCUACAAUGAGCUCAGCCAACAACGAAACCCAAACAAUAUGUCAAUUUUGCAAGUCAUAUUUCAGAUUGAGCCUGAAAAUGCUGCUAAGUACUUGGCGUUGGUUUUUCAAGAUCUCCUUGCCAACAGAGAAGACUAUAUCAAAGCGCUAAAGGCACUGUUCAGAGAGGUCGUUAGAGUGUUACGGUUCGAGAUCAAUUUUGUCGCAUUUUGCCGAGGACUCAUGCAAGAACGCAACGAUUCUUUCUUCGCUGAUCUUGAUCAACCUCUCAAGGAUCGAAUCUUUUCGUCACUAGUUUCCUUAAUAUGCAUGGCAAUGUUGGUUAGUGUUUCACCUGCUGUGAAGGAGAUCGCGGUUGCUAUGGGUAGAGGAGAAAAGAGAGAUUUAUCAGUUUUGCAAGAAUUUCAGACGCAAAUAUCCCUGAUACAAAGAGACGCUGUUUGGUGGUUUCAUACAAAAGUUCUUCAGAUGUUCACUCCUUCUGAAAAAGAUUUCAUAUCUUGUUUGAACAAAGUCUUGUUUCUUGAGGGUAACGAAUGCUAUCAAAGCAAGGAUUCAUGGCCGUCAGAAAACGAAGUUCUAUUUUUACUUCCACUGGUAAAAGAUGUCCCUUUAACUGAAGAUGCUUUGCUGUGGUUGUUGUUGCUUGGCUUGUCUGAAGAUUAUCCUAUGAACUGUGCUGACACAAUUGAUAUAGUCGAGAGGCUUGUCCAGCGAUCUGCAGUUUUAAGAACAGGGCUACAAGGGCUUGAUAUUGAAAGACAAACUGUGAUGGAAAUGGUGCUGUCACUCUGUGUUUAUUCUCAUCCAAAGGAAAUUUCGUUGCCUCAAGGAUAUCAGCCACCCCAGCUUGCCAUAAGCAAUCUCUACUGGAAAGGAUGGACGAUUCUGCUUAUUAUUGCCGCUUGUAACCCUGUGACUAUUGGUUUGGCUGUAUGGCAGUCUUACCCGACAGCAAGAUGCAUGGUCGAAAUGAUCAUCACUCGGAACUACACAUUUCCUCCGCUGGCAACUACAGAAUCUACGAUAGAUGAAAUCAAAGCUACUGAGCUGCAACUUUGUCGUGCCGAGAAGGAUGAAAUUUUACUGUUCGAAUCCCACCUGGCAGCUGCAACCAGUGGAAAAUUGAUUACGGAAGAGAAUAGCCUCCUUAUCAAUCAGCUGAUCAGCUUAGAUCCAAGCGGUCCACCACGUCGCCCUCCGCAGACCAUCAUCGAGCACCUAAAGAUACUCAAUAAGAGUCUUGGUCUCGAUUACAUGUUCUGCAAAAGUCGCAGCCCCGAUUUCCUUUUAGACAUAAUACACAGUCAGGGCUCUACACAAAGCAUGCCAUGGCUUGCAGAUUUGGUCGAAUCCAGUGAAAGCUCGUUGAAUGUAUUACCCUCUCAAUGCCUUUGUGAAUUUUUGCUAAUGAAGGACGAGAAAGCAAAGCAUCAGAAGAAGCCCCACCAUUCGCUGGACAGAAAGCUGGUGUACACAAGAGUCGUAGAACGAUUACAAUGGUUGCUGAAAAGCGAAGAAGCAACAAGUUUAAGCACAAGGGAAAUUAUGGAAUACUUUUUCAGCCGGUUGCAGUCAAGCAAUAUGAAAGAGAGGGAUAAUGCUGUCAAGGCGCUGAAAGUUAUUCUUGAUUUCCCUUCAUCAUCCAAACCAACAACCCCAAUGGAAACAGAUGAAACAGAAAACCGCUUCAAAUACGACGAUGACUUUGUGGAAUAUCACUGGCUACUCAAGCAAGUCCCAUCUUUGCAGCACUUUAGAGUUGUUGUUCCAGCUUUGAUUCUAACGAUCAGACAGGCUAUGUAUCAUGAAAUGGCCACCCUACGUCUGCAAGCCUACAUUUUAUUCGUUGCACAGCACAUCAGCGAACUCACGAAUGAUGAACUUAACGAGUUGAUCGAGGACGUUUCGCAGCUGGUUACAACUAGAGGUACCCUCUUGAACAGUCUUCUCGAUCCUGAUUCUUCACAAGGAUUAAGAACCUACGAGGCGUUGUUGUGUUUGUAUGCAUCUGCUUUAGAAAAGUCGGUUGAAAGCAACGAAUUCAGUCUGCAAUGGUCAAGUGAUCAAGAAAAAGUUCAUGUGAGUUGGUCAUCUGAAACAAUCCAUGCAAACAUGUCCGCUAAUCUCCAUGUCCGAGUUAUUCAUGCUUCAAUUGUCCUUCUCGCUUGCAGCCCAUUAAAAGAGCCAAACUCUGACUAUGGUUUUCUCUUAAACACCUGGUUUCCGGACUCAGGCAAUUACGAGGUACGCUUGGCCGAUACUGGAGAAGAGGCUCUGUUGUUGCAGGACUGGCUCAGAAUGAAAAUGGUCAUAUCCGGUGUCCCAAAACUUGUUGACACAGCUCUGAAUGGUCUCAUUCCUUCUCAACUGGUGUUGUUCAUACAGACUUUUGGUUUGCCCGUACCCAGUGCUAGCAAACUCUUGAGAUGUCUUGAUGAGGCGGCUGUCGAAGAUCCAGUAGAGCUUUUUAAAGCUGUUGUCGAUCGAGAUUACCUGUAUCAGCUCGUUGAAGUGCAGUGGGCACGAGGAGCAACAGGUGGUGAUCAGCUCUGCGAGUUCCUUGGACAGGACGGUCCAUCUAGCAAGCAAGAACCUUGUGAUCUAGAAAUGCUGGAAGAAACGAUGACUCCAUUCGGUGUUCACGUGAGCAGUCCAGAGUAUAAGAAGGAAGAGAUCAAAAGGCCAAUAAUUUUCAACAAAGAGUCACUGUUGCAGCUGCUGGGCAAACUGUUCAUAGAAGAAAACAUCAAAAGAGAGACAAUAGACACAUUUACGGAACUGAAGAAGGUAAUUGCAGUAUGCUCUGUUUCUGGCGUGAGAGACAAAACCACAACAACAUCAUUGAUUGAAGCUCUAAGCGAGAUGCUUCAGUCUGAUAUGAAAGACAAGUUCGUCAAUGCUUUGUAUGAAGACAGUCAGAAGACUUGUGCAAUUCUGAGUUUGAUAUUAAAGUCAAAAAAUAAUCUCGAUGAAUUUUGGCAGUCGAAGUUUGUUGAUGUCAUCAAACAGCUGAGAUGUGCACGAAAUUUAGGUAACAAAGUAGACACAUACCUGUCUUUGGUCAUUAAAGAUCUUGGCAUCAAAGAUAAUACAGAACAUGCUCCUGGAAAAGAACUGAAUGCGGCGUUAAUCGAUUUUCUCAAAAAGGAGAACACGAAGGUAGAACUACAGUCACUGUCUCUUCGAGUUGCCCAUUUGAUGUCACAUGGUGUACGUAAUGGAAAGUUGACUGUCCAGGACCUUGAUAUGGAUUUGAUUGUACAAGCCUGUAACUUUAUGCAAGAAAAGAAUAUGGCAGUUCUGAAGAAGUUUGUUGACGCUGUGUGCAGUUGUUUCAUUGAAUCUAAAAGCAAUGGUUUCAGUGACGCAUUCGAUAAUAUCAAGUCUUGUGUCAAGUUUCUGGUUGAAAUAUACAAAUAUGGAUCAUCGUUGAGCACCGACUUUUCUCGUGGAUUAAUCCUGGACUGGAUUGAAGUCCUUGAUCCUGAAAUUGUUCACGUAGACCCGCUAUUACAAAGAGAUUUGCUAUUCAUGGAUAAGAAAAAUGUGUCGUCUGAAAAAGGAACUGACAAAAGCAAGGCAUCUGCUUCCUAUCUCAGGGCAUUGCUGAGCCACCAAUCAAAAGACACAACACUGCUCGACUGCGUUGAUUGGCUACUUUCUGUUGACGUCAUUUCAAGCAGGCUGAACCCCACCGCUGCAUUAGAUUUGAUAAGCUCUGUUGUUCGCAAUCCGAAGCUGUGGCAGGGUAGGGACAGCAAGCUGAACAGCCUGGAUGAAGACAAAGGGCGUCGUAUAAAUGACGAAGUUAUGCUUGAUUUUUCUGUUCCACAAUUGUGCAGUUUAGCAGAGUUGAUAUUGGCAGAAAUGGAAAUGCUUUUCCAGCCGUCCAAAGAACAUAUCGAAGCGGGCCCAAGUCGCAGAACUGAAAGUGAAAAAGCAAAGGCAUCAGUUCCAGUUAAUGCUGCGGUUAUCAAGGUGGCGGAACAACGAUUGCCUCUUAUUUUGAAUCAUAUAAAAGAAUUUAAUAACAAGAAGAUGGAGAGGGUUGCCAAUUCUAUAAAGAGAAAGAAAAGAUUCUCAAAAGCAGUGGUUGGCUGUUUUCUUCACCAAAUUUACUUACAACGGCCCAAUUUGCUAUCUAUGUCAAUGCACGAAAUGUUGGUCAAGGAGUCAGCUGAUAAGAUUCUGCAAGGAGAGAGAUCUUCGGCUGAUGAUUUCUUGCACAACCUGAUGGUAUCAGUGGCAAAUACCCAGCCACUAGCGUUGUGGGAUGAUGAGUUCCAUAACCUGGUCAUGGUCUGCCGGCGAAUGGCAAUCAAGCAUCCCUUGUUAGUUAUCAGACACCUUCCAACUUUGUUAUCUGUCGUGCAAGGUCGUCAUCGUAUGGGUGCAACAGAAUUCGCUCGCUCAAAUCAACCAAUGCUGUUCACACAAAUUCUCUCUUUGCUGGACAUACUUCGACCUUACUUAUUCGUUAAGAAUCCCGUAGCGCAAGAGGGGCUUAAGCUCUCUAUUAACACUUUUAUUGAUCUCAUUCAGUCAUACGCUGUGCAAGGAACCGAAUUGAAUGCAAUCGUUACAAAAUUUGUCGAAUUCUUGAAUAAUUUUGUUGCAUAUGACAGCAGCUCGGCAUUUUCGAUUUUGUCUCCGGAAUCAGCUUUUUUCAAGGAUCUUCUCCUUGAUCACUCAGGAUUCGUUGGUUUGAAGUUCCUGUGCACAUUUUUAUCAUUUGCUGACGAUAACAUCGAUUCAAAGCAUAGGAUUUUGUCAACCCCCGUCAUCCCAAAUUUGUCGGCACCGUGGACUGAAAGGCAACUUCUUCCGUUCAGGCAAAAGCUUGCAGAUCCACAAGCCACAGAAGCUGUCCUGAAAGUCUUGAAAGACUUGGAUGAGACGUCAAGAAGGCGCGUUGACAUUUUGCCUCAUUUCUUAGACAAGUUGAUUUCAUUUUUAACAUCAAACUACUCUGAAAUCCGAGACCAAGCCCACAAGCUAUUGCUUCGUCAUUACAGGCAUCAACCAAGGGAUACUAACUUGCUGGUUGACGCCUACUUGAAAGCUUUGCAAGCGGGGAGUCAAGAUGUUGUUAUGUCUGCUGCAAAAGGCAUUCCCGAGCUUGUUCUUCUCGUUGAUGAUGGGGACCUUUCUCUUCUUCAGAAGCUUUUCGCCAUUGCAACUUCAUCUCGUCCUGAAGUAAAGGAAUUCGUUACAAAAUCGAUGCAAAAUCUGAACAUUGACUUACAAACUGAUAGCUAAACAUUUCUCUUUUAUGACAAAUACCUUUUUGAUAUGUAGUUAUUGAUUUAUAUUAUUUUCCUUUAAAGUUGUACCUGACGAACUUGUGCGUGCUAUUUAAGUGCUUUCAAAAUCAGCGUUGCUUGGCUGAAAAAAAAACAAAGCAACGAAAUUCAGAUAAAUCCUUUCAGCCAUGAACCACCGAAGUAGUUUAGUUUUAAAUAAAUCUAAGAUGCCCUUAGCCUAUUCGAGAUUUGAAAUAUCUUUGCUAUUGCAUAAUAAAAUGUCACAUGGCAAGACAAAAUCGCAAAUAUAGAGAACCAGCGACGUGCAGGCCUACCAUCAAUGGCGGACAUUCUGAUUCAGAAGAACCUUUUAUGGCUGGGUCACGUGCACAGGAUAAAAGAUGACAGGCUCCCUAGAUAGCUGUUGAAUUCUCAACUCUGCAAGGGUAAACAAAGCACUUGAAGGCCCAGACUCAGAGCCAAGGAUGUUACCAAAAGGAACAUGAAGGGGCUCAAAGUAAACCCAAAGCAAUUACAGCAAAUAGCGAGAAAUCUAGCUUACUGGAGUGAAGUCAUAAAACCUAAUCCUGAUCCAUAGAACAGUCCUCGUUGCAUCGACUGAUUGGAAAAGAGAGACAUCAUUAAAUUGAAAAAUUUCCUUUAAAGUUAUAAACUUGACUGUUUCAAAGCAGUAAAGAAUUUUAUGAUACUAUUUGCUGUGUAUUCAACAAUAUAAAGCCUGCUCAAAUAUUUUUUCUCCCUGAGGUGAAAAAGGAGCAUGUCAAAAUGGAAAUCAUUGAAAGUAAACAUUAGAAGAUUUUGGGUAUAUUUGAUUGGAAUAAAGAAGCUUUAGAUCACGUGUGUCAACCAAGAACUUUAUAUUUUCCAAGUUAAUAUUCAAUUAUUUACUGGAACAAAAGCGUCUAGUUUACCUACGUUAAAAACCUUCAUAUAUGCCUCCUAUAGAUCAUAUCAUAUUUAAUCUUAGUAAAUUUUAGCUUUUCUCAAGCUUAGUAACUGUAUUUAUCAAGAAACUUUGGUUGCUUAAUUUUCCAUUCGAAAAAAGCCUACGAUAUUUCCAUAGUAGAUGCAUGAUUCAUAAAGCAAGGUUUUUGGCAUCUCUGUUGAUCUUUUCUGCAAUAAAGGCAAGCCUAUAGCCUUAGUAACUUUGAUUGAAUAUUUGUACUUAUAUGGAAACUUUGGUUGCUUAAGGAAGAUGGCUGUUACAUUUCUAAGGUAUGUACAGGAUUUAUAAUUCACCAUUUAUGAGUUUUUUGUGGUUCAUUCUUUUGAGAAUAUUGCAAGCCUAUAGGCUUAGUUUGCUUCAGUUUUUUGAAACUGAUUUUUUUUACUUAGAGGCAAUUUUAGUUGCUUUUUGGAUAAGAAGACGGCCGUGCUACAUUUCUUAUGUAUUUGCAUGCUUUAUAAAAGACUAUUUAUUAAUUUCUUUGUAGGUCAUUUUGUCGAGAUAAUUACAGCCCUAUAGGCUUAAUUUAUUUUUACUGCUUUCAAGCUAAGUAUUUGUACUUUUCAGGAAACGUUGGAUGCUUUCUUGGCUUUUGAAGACGGCCUGUUGCAUGUCUAAGGAAACGUUGGGUGCUUUCUUGGCUUUUGAAGACGGCCUGUUACAUUUCUAAGGAAACGUUGGAUGCCUUCUUGGCUUUUGAAGACGGCCUGUUACAUUUCUAAGGAAACGUUGGGUGCUUUCUACUAUAGGCCUAGUAAAUAAGAGCUUUUUCAAGCUAAAUUCGCGACAGGCACCCAUGCACGUGGCAGAUUCUAGGGGAAAAACAAAACAUCAAGAUAACAUCAGAUUUGGCAUUAUUUAUGGAUUAUCAAUGAUUUGAUCGGAUGCCCAGCAAUUGAGUUAUGAAUAAUUUGAAAUUUUGGUCUAGGAUUCCUGCAAAUCAUGGCAGAGGAAUAGCAUCAGUGCCACAAAAAGAGAGGUUGCGUUUUGGAUAAUACAGGAAGAAGGCAAAGCACAUUUCAUCGUCACUACCCAUUCCACCCUACAAAUGAUAGUAUUAAAGGGUUAAUAUUGUCAAAUAUUUUCAAAAGGCAAUAUUGUCAAAUGAUGACGAUGCUGAUCACGAUUAAUGAUUAUGAUUGAUGAUGAUUCAAUGCUUGAUAUUUAUAAUGACUUUUAUGAUUCAUGGUUGAUAAUUAUGAAUGAUUAUUAUGAUUUAUUACUGAUGAUUUAUGAUUGAUGAUGAUGUAAUGCUUGAUAUUUAUAAUGACUAUUAUGAUUUAUGAUUGAUAA